AGAACCGGGUUGAACGACGGAAUGUUUGACAAGUGUUGUGGGUUAUAAUUUUACAUAUUUUUUAUAAUAAAAAUUUUUAGAAAAUAAUUUCUGAAUAUUUUGAUCGUGUCAAUUUCGAAUGUAAGCCGAUGGUGAUCAAAAACGUAACCAGUUGAUCGAAAUGACUUUCAGCACCAACUAAAAAAAACGUGAAUUAAUCCGGAGAGUUGGGAAUGGUUUUUUUUUGUUAUAGCAAAAACCAAAUAAUACUAAUGUUGAAUGGAGCAUUCUUGUCGUAUAACAUUUUUAUUCUUGAGUGAUUAAUAUCGGGUCGGAGGCGGUGUUUUAAAGUGUGUAUUUCUGUUGGUUCAUUUCUUAUGCUGUUCUUUUGAAUUGUUCUACAUUUUCAACUAAAUCUAAAGUGAAAAUUGGUUAGUGUUUGAAAACAAACUCAUAGAUAAGAUGGGUGGGUGUAUUGGGAUAAAUCGUACAACAGACACUGAAACGGUCAAUGGAUCAUCCACAAAUAUUUCACGGCCAGCUUCAGGUCCAAGUGUCGGUGCGCCAAGAAAGAAUCAUUCCUUGUGCCAUGAGACAAUCCGAUGGAAAUCCGACGUUCCUCUAACAGAAGGCCAAUUACGGAGUAAGCGAGACGAAUUCUGGGACACCGCACCGGCAUUCGACGGCCGAAAAGAGAUUUGGGACGCAUUACGGGCGGCCACCAUAGCCGCCGAAUCAUUAGAUUUUCAAUUAGCCCAAGCCAUUCUGGAUGGAGCUAGUGUAUCGGUUCCGAAUGGAUACCUAACCGAAUGUUAUGAUGAACUGGGCUCCCAAUACAAAGUACCAAUUUACUGCCUUUCGUAUCCAAUAAAUAUUGUUAAAGAAGACAAUGGUAGAGAUUCACCGGCUGAAUAUUCGGAGCCAGUUGAUGGUGGCAGCGAGGUGGUAUUGAAAUUGCGAUUAUCGUCGUCGUUUUCCGAUACAAAGCUAUCGGUCUAUUCGAAAGAUACGAUUGGACAGUGUAAAAAGAAGCUGCAGUCUCAAGAAAAUGUCGAUGCGUGCUGCCAACGAUGGUUCUACGGUGGCAAACUGCUUGGUGAUAAGAUUUUAGUCGAAGAUGCGCACAUUCAAUCCGGCUAUAUUGUGCAGGUGAUUGUGAAUACGGAACAUUACAAUCACAAUCCGAAUAGCUAGCCUCGAGUUACAUUUUAUUUAUUUUUAAAGAAUUUUUGUUUUUUAUACAUAAAAUCAUUGAGUAAAAAGUGGAAUGGACGGAUGGAUCGUGUGUGGUGGAAGUGACAGGCGAAUGGAAUGCAUUUUAUUAGAAACGGGAUAAAGAGAAUGAGAGAGAGAGCAAGAAAAAUGCAACAUAUCGUACAUUUAGCAAAACGUUUUUUUUUAUUUUUGUUUCAUUCGUCGUUUGUUAUUAGUUGAUCUUUAUUGUAAUUUGAGAUGAUUGCUCUUUGGUUGUGUGCAUUCAACUUAUAACUUUUAUUUUUGGUUCAAAAUAUACCGACAUUUUACUAAACCGCUCUAGUGACGAGAUUGUGGUGACACGCAAGAAAAAAAAUUGGUUAACGUGAGAAUCACAUUAAGAACAUCGUGCCGAAAUAGGAAGUGUUUUUGUUAGUUCGUCUACAAGAAACUGUAAUUUGUUGUAUAGUGUCCACAGGUUACGAAUUAAAAAACAAUGCCAGAAACGUAGAAAAUUUUCAGGGUUCUUGUUUUCCAAUUUUUUCAGAAUUGUUUUUCUGAAUUUUCCCG